UCAACGUUCACACCCAAUGCCUUAUCCAGACCCAUGGUGCGUACCUUACAUACAACGUGCGGGUUUCGGUCAUGUUAUGCAUGUCGUAAAUGCCACAAUUGAUGUCAAAUUCAUUUUGGCUCUGUGUGAACGUUGGAGACCUGAGACACACACUUUUCACCUACCAACUGGUGAAUGUACCGUCACAUUAGAGGACGUGUACAUGCUUUUGGGUCUUAGAAUAGAUGGUAAGCCUGUCACCGGAAAUGUUCAACAGCCUAACCAAAUAUGUGUUCAAAUGUUGGGGGUAGAUCUGGUCGAGGGUGAGGGGUCUGCCAAAGCAAGGGGUCAGGGUAUUAAAUUAUCUAGCCUACAAAUGUACCACGACUCCAUAACUUUGACUGAGGAAUCCUCCGAACAAGAAAAAGUCAUAAAAACCCGGGUUUACAUUAUGCUAUUGUUUGGGAACUUGCUAUUUCCCGAAGGGACGGGAAAUAGCAUAAACUUUAUGUACUUGAGUUUGCUCGGGGACAUUGAUAGAAUAAGCACAUAUAGUUGGGGUUCUGCAGUAUUAGCAUUCCUAUAUAGCUCUUUGUGUAAAAAUGCACAAAAUGAGCACUGUACAUUUUCUGGAUGUGCUUUCUUGCUCCAAACAUGGGGGUGGUGGAGAUUGCCGAGGCUAGCCCCAGAAAAUCCUAAUGUCUACUCCUUCCCCUACGCAACUAGGUUCAUUGCAACCGGACUGGAUUACAGUCUUACCCCCAAAAAUAAAAUUAUAUUUUAUCGUCAACUCUUGGAUCGUCUCCGAGCACAAGAUGUAUUACCACUAAAUCACUCAGCUUCUAACUGAUUUAUUAAUAUCAUGCAUUCUCGAUAAAUAACAUUUUUACUUUUUUCUUUGCAGUUUAUUUGGAGGCCAUAUUUGGGAUUGGAACAUCAACCCAACCCCGAAGAUGCAGCUGUUUGGACAGCAAAAACGGCCAUAAUGCGGUUCACCACUGUGGAGAUGCACCAAAGUGACCGUGUCAAGCUUCAAUUCGGAAUGCAUCAAGAAAUCCCAGGCCCCCCAAUGUCUAUGGAACCUUGGCAUCUAAAAAAAGUCAGCCACCAGUGGUAUGCCCAAAAUUGGAAGGAAUUUGCUAAGGAGUUUCGUAAAAUGUGGAAAGACCGUGCCCACUAUGUUCUACAAUUUCCGGUGGCGCCCAACGAAAUGAAGCCGACAAGGGAAUAUGUGGAUUGGUAUAGAGCAAAUACAAAUCCAGAAAUGAUUGUGUCUGACCCGUUCUAUUUGGACGAUCCCCGGAUGCAACAGCCAUAUUUCCAACAACAACAACCACCACAGUAUUCCCAACAACAACAACCACCACAGUAUUCCCAAC